AUGUUCCAUGGAUUGCCAAGUGAAGACCCCAUUGACCACCUUGAUGAGUUUGAUAGGCUUUGUGAUUUGACAAAGAUCAAUGGUGUCUCUGAAGAUGCCAUCAAGCUGAGACUCUUUCCUAUGUCUCUAGCUGACAAAGCUCACCAAUGGGAGAAGAGCUUGCCCCAUGGCACAAUCACCACUUGGGAUGAAUGCAAGAAGGCCUUUCUUGCUAAGUUUUUCUCCACCGGUCGCACAGCCAAGCUUAGAGGAGAGAUAUCCAGCUUCAUCCAGCGAAACAAUGAGACAUUCGCAGAGGCUUGGGAGAGGUAUAGGGAGAUGCUAGACACAGCUAGCAAUGGGAACUUCCUCAACCAGGAUGUAGAUGAUGGCUGGCAACUUGUGGAGAACAUAGCUAACUCAAAUGGAAGCUAUGGAGAAGAGUAUGAUCGCACCAACCGGAGCUCGACCCACCACUCGAUCGAGUCAGACGAAAAGUUGAGAAAAGAUGUUAAGGCAUUGAAUGAGAAGUUGGAUAAGCUGAUCCUAGCUCAGUCCACAAUGAAGAAAGUCAACUUUGUGUCUGCUGAGGAGAUGGAACCAGUCCAAGAAGGGGAGGAUACACAAUUUGCUGAGGUGUGCUACAUGAGCAAUGGGCAAGGAGGUUACAACAAAGGAUACUAUAAUUACAAGUCCAACCCUGCCAUGUCAUACCGCAACACUGAUGUUGCUAACCCUCAGGACCAAGUCUAUCCUCAACAACAAGCAGCUCGAUCGAGUCAAGGCUUUCCCCACCAACCACCCCAGCCUGCACCUUCACAAGAGAAUGAGCUCAAGGCAAUGCUAAAGCAACUACUUCAAGGGCAAGCUGAUGGGGUAGUGGACACAAGCAAGAAGCUAGCUGAAAUAAACUCUAAGAUCGAGAACCUCAACACAAGGGUUUACUCUCUGGAGAAUCAUGCUUCUUCUGUUGCUGCUGCUACAAAGCAAGGACAACUACCUGGUAAAGCUAUUCAGAACCCCAAGGAACAGUGCAAGGUCAUCUUCACUCAAGAAGGACUUGUUGAAGAAGAGGAUCAAGAAAGGGUCAUUGAAGAUUUUUGUUUACUGCUGAAUGAUGAAGAGAUUGUUGCUGCUGAGGCUCCUGGAGUCCAGAUUGAUCAACCAGAAGUGCAGGCACCUACUGUGGCCAUUCACACUUCACCAGUUGAGCUCGCACGACAAGCUCGAUCGGCAGCUCGAUCGAGUCCAACUCUAGCUCGAUCGAGUCCGACCUCUUCUGUCCCAAACCUUUUUGCUUGA